CCGGAGGAAGGACCGGGUGAUGCGAGCAGAAAUUCCCGGCGCUGAUGUCACCCGCGGGCGGCCCGUCCCCCGCACUGCGCUCUGGUCCGCGCGCCCCGCGCUCCGGCCUCAGAUUGCCGCCGCCGCCCCCGGGGAAGGAGCUCAGGCCGGGCCGUGGAGGGAGGAUGGCCGGCUGCGAGGGCUUCGGCUACGUCCAGGGGCUGGCCCAGGACUACCUGCGGCACGUGCUGCGGGGCCCGCGGCCCGCGGCCCGCCCCGGCAGGGUCUCCCGGCUGCUGCGGGACGUGGCCUCGGCCGUGCAGCAGGACGCCGAGAGGACGCUGCGGCCCUACCUGGACGGCCUGGACGUGGCGUCCGUGGAGGCCGCCAGGGCCGUGUUCCUCGCCGUGGUGCGCGAGGAGUUCGAGGACGGCGUGGUCAACUGGGGCCGCCUCGUGACCGUGUUCGCCUUGGAGGGCAUCCUCACCAAGAAGCUGCUCCGCGAGCGCAGGGCCCCCGACCGGGACCGGGACCGGGACGACCAGGACCUGGACGAGGACACCUCCGAGGAGAUCUCGCACUUCGUGGCCGAGUUCAUUACCUCGCAGGCGGGGGACUGGAUCAGGCAGAACGGCGGCUGGGAACACGGCUUCGUGCAGAAGUUCGAGGCCCGGCCGGGCUGGCCGGCCUUCCUGGGGGCGGCGGCCAAGGUCCUGCUGUGCGUCCUGGGGCAGCUGCACUGACCGCAGGGACGCGGGUGUUGGGAAACAUGGACUCUUGCGAGAGGUAUUGCCAACCCUCACUUCUCCUCCUUCUGAGCAAACAACACUCGUGGUGCAACCGGAGGGCUGGGGAGCCACGGACACUCUGCCCCCAUUCCCACCAAUAAAUCGCAUGUUCGUG